AGUUAAUAGUAGGCGUUCCAUGAGUUAAGAUAAGUGAAGAUAGCAGAAGUCGCAUGCCGAUAGAUACUGUCUUUUAUGUACCACACGCUCUGACGAGUAGUGUAAACACCUGCGUUGUAAAGAUGACUGCUGAUAUAUAGACGCAUAGAUGUUCCGUUGCUAAGGUAGUAGCAAUUUCAUAGCGUCAGACCCAAAGCAUAGACAUGAUGUUCAUCAGCGCUAGCCGUUCGCGGCACACAAACCUUUUGCCUGCGACUGCUUGCUUCGUAUGUCUUUUGUCAUGCCUGUCAUUAAACGCAGAGCUUCCUUUUGGUUCCCAGAAGUGCGUAUUCAUCUUGGCUACUGGUCGCUCGGGCUCGACGUCGCUAAUGGACGCACUAAACCAGAUUCCACACUAUCUUAUUCGCGGAGAGACUUGGAGGGCCCAUGGAAACUUGUUUGACGCGUACCAGCACUUAUGUGAAGCAAGGACUUCUCCGGGACAAGAGUUCUUUCAUUUUGCCAACAUACGGGAACGCUAUAUAGAUGUUAAGCUGGCAUACGGAAAGCUUGCGGAGACAACCAAGCUGCCCUUUUUUAACGAGUUCUCAGAAGACCGGAUACUUCUGGCGACACGUGCAUACUACACUGUACUGUACGGGCAUUACGGGAAAGACGUCGUCACCGGGUUCAAGGAAAUCCGUUACGUUUGUGGAGAACUUUACUUCAACCAAACACGGUGUGGUGAACAUUUCCAGAAGUUUGUCCGUUUCCUUCGAGGCAUGUGUCAUGAUGUAAAGUUUCUUUUCAACACAAGGUUAUCAGCCUCUCUAGAAUCCAACGUCAAACGGUUCCAGAUGUUUAAUAACGCUACCUUCGCCGCGGACUUCACCCACCUCCUCAACGAGACCCACACGCUGUACGACAAUUAUGCAAUGCAACACAGCGAUCACGCAUUCCGGGUUUACAUGGAAGACAUGUUUAACAUCAAGAGGAACGCAACUUUGGCGAGAAACCUGCUCCAGUUCCUUGGGGAGGACACGACAAUUCCCAUACGGUUUAAUCGCAUGCCCGGGUGGCAGCCAAGCUAUCCCACCCCGUAAUAAAGGGCUGUGUCGAAGCAGUGUGGAGGAUCUUACGCCGUUGUUUGCGAAAAGCUUAUUCACCAUAAUCGGAGAUGGCUCGCCUGCGGCUCAGCGGGGUGGGUGCGGGCUCGCUGAACCGCUUGUGCAAUCUGAUGGACCUGCGCCUGACGUCUAUUAUCGCCACGGGCCAGUCAUGAUCAAGCGCUAAGC